AGCGACACGAGGCAAACGAGAAACUCGUUGGCCUCAAACUCGUUGGCCUAGACAGUGACUAUACAUGUGAUGUGUUACUACAGUGAAAGGAACCUGUGACCACCGGAGGUGGUGGUUCUUUCUGCCCACGGGGAUUCACAGCUGGGCGUUCUAGGUCGGGCCAGUUAUUAUCCAGGAAGAACCGUUGCGUCUCUGCACACCAGUGCAGAAGUGAUCGAAAAUUCUGUGGCCGAUGGCGACAUGGAUGAGGAACUACCAGCGCUAUAUAACGCGCUGCGGCUCCACAGAACACCGUCGUCUUUUGGCUGAUUCGGUGGCAGCAAGAUAUCACAGCAAAACCUCCGAGAUGAGCGCGAUGACAUUUUUGUUAUUAGUGCUGGGUGUCACCGCCUUGAGUGAAGGAAGGAGUUUAGUGUUCGAGAACAGACGCAGAGAUACUGUGUGGGUGGGCACCCUUGGCAGUGCUGAAAGGGGAACUCUCAAAGGAGGUGGUUGGGAGAUGCGCCCUGGUUCUUUGGUCACCAUCAACAUGGACGAUGGAUGGACAGGCCGCUUCUGGGGUCGCACUGGCUGCUUAUUCGAUGGCUACGGGCAUGGCAGAUGCCAGACGGGAGACUGUGGCAGGAGGCUGCAGUGUAACGGCACCAGCGGCCAGCCUCCUGUAACGUUUGCAGAAGUCAACCUGGGCGGGUGGGGCAGUCAGGACUUCUACAGCAUCAGUCUUGUUGAUGGCUUCAAUAUCCCCAUCACGAUAGAGCCCAUCGACAAGCAAGGUGGCGGCGACCGCUACCGCUGCUACCCCGCAUCCUGCCCCACCGACAUAAACGCGCUGUGCCCAUCCAAGCUCCGCUCCGACGGCGGCUGCAAGAGCGCGUGCCUCGCCUUCAACACAGACCAGUACUGCUGCCGGGGCCGCUUCAGCUCGGCACAAGCCUGCAGGUCCUCCUCGUGGCCAAGGAACUACCCCGCCUUCUUCAAGGGCCUGUGUCCCGACGCUUACAGCUACCCCUACGACGACGACCGGAGCACCUUCACUUGCGAAAAAACAGCCUACAGGAUCAUCUUUAGUUGAGCCACUGUUAGGAACACGUGAUUCACUUUCCUUCAACAACCCAGGCUUUUAACAAUCUGCUGCAACACAUUUUUGUAAUAAAUGAAUAAACAAAUAAAGUAGAUAUCAGUUCA